AAACCACGCAGGCUCACCUUCUUGUCAACACGACUUAAAUGGAAAUUGAAAGCCUAAAUCAAUAAUGCUUUUGGUAUAACGUUCUGCUUCGUGAAUUUCUCUGUUACCUUGGUUCAAAUUUGUUGCAGAUGAUUGAAAAUGAAGAGUAUAGUGGGAAGCAAAAUGGCUUCUUUUUUACCUUCUUAUGCCAUAAUAAGACCAUCUUUCAAGCACUAUACUGGACCUCAGGCAUUGCAGGUCAGAGCUGAAAGCCGUGGAGAUGAAGGUAGAUUAAGCAACAAUGUCGAUGCGAAUCUGGGUGUCCUUAGAGAAGGGAUAGACCAGGUUAAGAUCAAGGAGAAACUAGAGAGAUGUUGCAGAUGCAAGUAUGGUUGGAAUUAUACACCAGGGUAUAAGUAUAAACUCAAGAGAGGCUUGGAGAUAUCGGAAUUCUUUGGGCUUUCUCUGUUAAGCACCAUCGUCAUCAGCUCUCUCAGCUCUCUGAACUAUAUGAGCUAUGUCAACUCUCUAUUGAGCACUAUCAUCAUUUGGCUGUGGUCUAUCUCUCGACAUCUGGCCAUAUUAUUGUAGAUUAACAGACCCUAUAGCAAAGAUGACAUCAAGUGGGGUUUAAAUUGUGCAACUUGUGAUAAGACACAGUGGUAGUUGGUGGAUGGCAUUUACAAGGGUGGUGAGUCAUGAAUGCAGGGGAUUAGGAGUGAUUUGUCGUUUGUGGGAUUGAUGAAGCUGGUUGAAGAUGUUGUUCGGGUAAACUCAAAAAUUGACGAGAUUAAGUUACAUGCAUUGAUCAGUACACCCGGAGAGCUAUCACGGCCAAUUAUCAAGGACGAUGAGGAUGUUGCAUUAAUUCUACUAGAAUAGAAGAUGUUGCUUUAAUUCUGCUAGAACAGAGGAAUGUUCCGACUGUGUAUGUCAAUAUUAAGGGAUGCCAAACAAAUGUUAUGUCACAUAAAGAAGUUGAACAACAUGGUAAUCAGCUCA